AUGGAUUCGUUUGGGUCUGUUGACAAAUUGGAAGGUUCAGAUCUUAAAGAAAAAGGUGGUCUUGUUUUCCCUAAACGCAAUUCAGGCGCAUCGAGCACGUCAGAUGCGUUUAAAAAACCAAAAUCCUCGGUUUUUGGCCUCGAUAAGCUUGCUGCCAAAAAACGGGCUGAGUCGCAAGGCACUCUGCCUUCUAACCCCAUCUCCAAACAAAGAAAUUAUCGCGAACCACGAGUGGAGACACCUUCGUACGGGGGCGGGGUUAGUAAGGACUAUCUAGAUUCUCAAAUGUACAAGAAAAGCAGAGAAAAGGCUGGCAAAUUUAAAGCCGGUCUUGCCUACAAGACUGGCGACCCAUUCAAACACAAUGACAAAGACCGCCAUCGAAUGCAAGAUGAUGACCGUGAUCACCAUCGCCACCAAAGUGGCAGAAACGAACGAGCCUCCAGCCGAAUAGGAAGCGAGGAGAGUGCUCGAAGGAUUCGUGAACGCGACUGGGAAGCCGAGACACCGAGAAGUGGUGACAGCAGCCAUCGCUCCCACGGCACCUCCUCGUCCUACUCGCGGUACAUUGAGACGCCUCGUCACCUCCGUCCGUCUGACACACCCACUCCUUCCCGCUCUGCGGCUUGGGAGAAUGAUGAUCUGUCGGAAAAGAAGCGUACCAGAUACGAUUACACCCCAAUGCAGACACCAUCCUUCAUGCACAACUCCUGGAUGAAAGGUGGAGGAAGGGGCAAGCAGGUGGCACCGACGCCGGCCACAGGAAAUCAGACUCCCUUCACUCCCGUUGACCCACAAGAAAUGGAGGCGGAGGCAGAACGACUAGACAGAAAUUGGUACCUGAUGGAUGAUGGAUAUGACGAGGGGAACAAUCCAUUCAUAGACGUUCCUGACGAGUAUGUGGCGAAAAGGGAGCGUCAGCUGGCCGAGGCGCGGAAACGGAAGAUUCGAAUGUCGGCCCGAGCAGUGCAGAUACAAAAAGAGAACCAGGCCUGGGAGAUCAACCGGAUGCUUCGCUCCGGGGUUGUGGAACGAAUUGCUGGCGCAGAGGGUGGCCUCGAUGAGGAGGACUUAGACGAAGAGGGAGAAGCAAGGAUACACUUGCUAGUAAAGAAUAUCAUGCCUCCGUUUCUCGAUGGACGUAUUAUUUUCACCAAACACCCGGAGCCAGUUCUGCCUGUAAAGGAUCCUGACGGCGUGAUGACCAAGGUGGCUGCCAAGGGCAGCGCGAUGGUGCGCUACUUCCGCGAGCAGAAGGAGCGCCGACGCGCCCAAAAGAAGGAGUGGGAGUUGGCUGGCACGCGCAUCGGCGAGAUCAUGGGCAUCAAGCAGGCGGACAACGAGGAGGGCGACAAGUGGCACGAGGGCUCUUACCGCGAGUCGCAGACAUUCGCCGACAAAAUGGUCGACCAGAAGGACCAGGCGGUGUCGGCGUUCGCGAAGCAGAAGACCAUCAAGGAGCAGCGCCAGUACCUUCCCAUCUUCGGGGUGCGCUCGGCCCUCCUACGCCUCAUCAAGGAGCACCAGAUUGUCGUAAUAGUUGGCGAGACGGGCAGCGGCAAGACAACCCAGUUGACCCAGUACCUGCACGAGGAGGGUUUCACCAACUACGGCAUGGUUGGCUGCACACAGCCGCGUCGCGUCGCCGCGAUGUCAGUGGCGAAGCGUGUCGCGGACGAGAUGGGCGUGUGCCUGGGCGACGAGGUGGGCUACGUGAUCCGGUUCGAGGACUGCACCAACGAGAAGACCGUCAUCAAGUACAUGACCGAUGGUAUCUUGCUGCGGGAGUCCCUUCGCGAGUCCGAUCUCGAUCCGUACUCGGCCAUCAUCAUGGACGAAGCCCACGAGCGCUCCCUCAACACGGACGUCCUUUUCGGUCUCCUGCGAGAGAUUGUAAGUCGUCGAAAUGACUUGAAGCUGAUCAUCACCUCGGCUACAAUGGACUCGGAGAAGUUCGCGCAGUUCUUCGGUGACUGCCCGAUAUUUCACAUCCCCGGCCGAACGUUCCCUGUGGACAUCCAGUUCAGCAAAACGCCCGUCAUGGACUACGUCGACGCCGCAGUCAAGCAAGCCAUUCAAGUCCACCUCGGCGCGCCUGAGGGUGACAUUCUCGUCUUCAUGACCGGCCAAGAGGACAUCGAGGUGACGUGCGAGCUCAUCGCUGAACGUCUGGGCAGUCUGGACGAGGCUCCGCCACUCUCCGUCCUCCCCAUCUACUCCCAGCUGCCGAGCGAUCUGCAGGCGAAGAUCUUCCAGAAAACCGAGGACAACAUUCGCAAAUGCGUCGUCGCCACCAACAUCGCCGAGACCUCACUCACGGUCGAUGGCAUCCGCUAUGUGAUUGACGCGGGCUACUGCAAAUUGAAGGUCUUCAAUCCGCGCAUUGGCAUGGACGCUCUCCAGCUGUUCCCCAUAAGCCAGGCCAACGCCAAUCAGAGAGCUGGUCGUGCAGGUCGCACGGGUCCUGGUGUGGCCUACCGCCUCUACACGAUCGGUCAAUUCGAGGAGGAGAUGCUUCUGUCCUCCGUGCCGGAGAUUCAACGCACCAACUUGGCCAACGUCGUCCUCUUGCUCAAGUCCCUCGGUGUUCGUGACCUCAUGCGAUUUCACUUCAUGGACCCGCCUCCACAGGACAAUAUUCUGAAUUCAAUGUGCCAACUCUGGGUGUUCGGCGCCCUCGACAACACGGGCGGUUUGACUCAACUGGGUCGGCAAAUGGUCGAAUUCCCCCUUGAUCCUGCGCUUUCGAAGCUCCUACUCGUGGCUUGUGAUAUGGGCUGCUCCGAGGAGGCCCUGACCAUUGUUUCCAUGCUCUCCGUACCGUCGAUUUUCUUCCGUCCGAAAGGCCGCGAAGAGGAUGCCGAUUUGGCCCGGGAAAAUUACUCGCCGUCCUUCUGUACGCGCAACUUCAUCCACGUGAAGGCGAUGCGGAAGGUGCGUGAGGUCCGUCAGCAGUUGAAGGAGAUCAUGGAGCAGCACAAAGUGGCUCUCUGCUCAAGCGGCACCGACUGGGACGUUGUCCGGCGCUGUCUCUGCUCCGCAUUCUUCCAUCAGGCGGCCAGGAUAAAGGGUCUAGCUGAAUACGUGAAUCUGCGCACUGGCAUGCCGUGCCGACUGCAUCCAACCAGCUCCCUCUACGGAAUGGCCUACACGCCCGACUACAUCAUCUACCAUGAGCUGGUUAUGACCUCGAAGGAGUACAUGCAAUGUGUUACCGCUGUCGACGGCAAUUGGCUUGCUGAGUACGGGUCGAUUUUCUACAGUGUGAAGGACCAGAGCCUGAGCAGAGAAGAGCGCCAACGACGCGAAGAGGCGGAACGCGCUGAAAUGGAGGCGGAGAUGAAGGCGGCGGAGAUUCAGCUGGCUCGCCACAAGGACGAAAUCGACCACUCAAUGAGCUCCAGUCGAAUACACCCGAUCGCAACUCCGGGCUUCCGAAAACCGGGAACUCCUGCUGUCUCGAAGCGUCCUCGUGGUCGUAUUGGAUUGUGA